AUGAUAAAUAAUUUUUACAAUAAAUAUAUGAAUAUUACACUCAAAAAAAUUAAAUUCAUAGAUAUAAACAUUAUUUUUAACCUUUUUAACAUAAUUCUUUUAUCAAUUUAUGCAUUCACAUUUUCAUUGUUUAAAGAAAAAAUAGCAAAUGCUACCAUUUUUACAGCAAUUGGAAAUCUUACCCUUUUAAUUGCCUUACGCGUGCAGAUCACGAACAAGACCUUGUUUAACCUUAAACAGGAAAAAAUUAUUUUCGAUUUCGUAAUAUGCUCUUUAAUUUUAUAUAUUGGUUUAUUUAGUUAUAUCCAUUUAAAUUAG